AUGGCACCGUUGACGCGAUAUAGAUGGGGAGAUGACUGGGAGGCGACCGAGACAAAGGAUAUGAUCAAAGAGUACUACGAGCAAAGGUCCUGCGUCUCAGGGACACUGAUCAUCAGUGAGGCAACCAUCGUCGCGAAGAAUGCAGUCGGCCGCCGUAAUUGUCCUGGAAUCUGGUCGAAGAACCAAAUAGAAUCCUGGAAAGCAAUCACAACAGCAGUUCAUGACAAAGGCUGUGUGAUCUUCUGCCAACUAUGGCAUCAAGGACGAGCCGCUGCUCCAAGAAUUCUACGAUCUGAGGGCUACGAAAUGCUAUCAUCGAGUACAGUUCCUAUGAGCCCGAGAAGCGAAACACCAAAAGCAAUGACAGAAGAUGACAUUUCGAGUGUGAUUCAAGAUUACGCCAGCGCAGCCCGAAACGCAAUAGCAGCCGGCUUCGAUGGCGUCGAAAUCCACGGAGCAAAUGGCUAUCUACCUGAUCAGUUCUUACAAACGACAUGUAACAAGCGAACAGACAGCUGGGGAGGAAGUAUCCCCAACCGCGCCCGUUUCCAUCUCGAAGUCACAAAAGCUGUCAUAGAAGCCAUCGGCGCCGACAGAACAGCCCUACGACUCAGUCCUUAUAGCAGUUUCGGAGGAAUGUUAAUGAAUGACCCCGAACCGACUUUCGAAUACUUACUCCAAAACCUCAAAUCUCUAAAAUUGGCAUACCUCCAUCUCAUCGAAGCACGAAUCAAAGGCAACGAUGACUCGGAUUGUGGAGGUCAGAAAUCAGUAGACUGGAUGGUCAAAGCAUGGGACAAUGCUACUCCUGUUCUUCUGAAUGGUGGGUUUAAUGCUGAGACAGCGAAAGAGGCUGUGAAUGUGAAAUACAAAGAGCAAGAUGUUGUUAUUGUGUUCGGGCGAUAUUUUGUGAGUAAUCCAGAUCUUGUUUAUCGGAUUAGGGAGGGUGUGAAGUUUGAGCCUUAUGAGAGGAAGGUGUUUUAUACGCCGAAGAAGAAGGAGGGGUAUGUGGAUUAUGGGUUUAGUAGGGAGUAUUUGCAAGUUUAG